AUGGGUACAUUACUUCCUGGAAGGCCUUUAACCGCUUUUGCGCGAUGCACUCGGCCAACGAGUAAUGUGAAUACCUCACGAUUUACCUCAACAUUGCAGGCACACGCGCAAGUGAAGGCUGCUGCAAGCUCCUUACUACCACCUCUCUCCGUUUUACCCACGCGUGUCUUGCUCAGAUCUCUGCUGGUCUCUACCAUAUCGUCGAAGAGAUUCCUCCUCAUUCCAGCGCUUUCGCUGUUGUCCUUCCUUUCCAAACCUAACAGGAUCUGGCUACUUGAUGUGGAUCGGAAUCCUAUUCUGCAUGGGAUAUUGAAGAAAACGUUCUACAAUCAAUUCUGUGCCGGAGAGAAUGGGGCAGAAUGCAGAUCCACUAUCCGGGAAAUGAAAGACAUGGGCUUCCGCGGUAUGAUUUUGACAUAUGCUGCUGAGACGGUAUUUGAUCAUAGUACUCAGGCUCAGCAUGGACAGGGAGUUGCUGCUUUGGAAAGCGAGCACGGGGAUGUGUCCACCAAUGCCUCGGUCUAUCAAUGUCCCAGCAUCGAAGCUUGGCGGGAAGGAACAGUUGAGACCAUCUACAUGACAGAGGCAGAAGACUACCUCGCAGUCAAGUUGACAGGAGCUGGCGUCAAAGUCACCGAGGCUUUUGCCGCUGGAGAGUUACCCCCGCAGCAGAUGAUGGAUGCGCUCCAUGAGGUCUGCACCACGGCCAAGGACCGAAAGGUUCGCAUCCUCGUCGAUGCCGAGUCUCAGCAUUUCCAAAAAGGUAUCUCACGGGUCGCGGUGGAACUUAUGCGCAAAUACAACCGCGACGGUUAUGCUACUAUCUACAAUACCUACCAGGCCUACCUCAAAAGCACACCAGUGACACUGGCCAAUGAUCUCACUACGGCAAAAGAAGAUGGAUUCACUCUCGGCCUCAAGCUCGUGAGAGGCGCAUAUAUGGCCACGGAUGAACGGUCCCUAAUCCACGACACGAAGGAAGACACCGACAACGCAUAUAAUAUGCUUGCCCAGGGGGCGCUCAGAAAAAACAUUGGAGAGUUUGGAGACAAGGGCAGCCGCGACUUCCCCUCGGUGAAUCUCUUCCUGGCCAGUCACAACAAAGAGAGCGUGGUGGCUGCCCACCAGCUCCAUAAGUACCGUGUCAUGUCUGGUUUGCCCACCGUGCCUGUGCGUUUUGCGCAACUCCAUGGUAUGUCUGAUGAGGUUAGCUUUUCGUUGCUUCAGAUGAAUGAUGGCGAUGGAACACCAGAAGUUUAUAAAUGUUCCACUUGGGGAGGUAUGGGUGAGUGUCUGGCCUAUCUUCUUCGUCGGGCAAUUGAGAAUCGUGAUGCUGUUCUGCGGACGGAUAGUGAGUAUCGGGCGUUGAAGACGGAGGUUUUUCGGAGAGUGAAGUCGGUGUUUUCUCUUUCGCCACCUUCAUAG